AUGCCACAUAUCAUCCUUUUGGGGACCCUCGAUACCAAGCGUGCAGAAAUCCUAUACCUAUACAACCAGCUACAGCAGAAUGCAACACGCUUCUCGACACCCCUAGAGAUCACCUUGAUUGCGUGUGGCCGUCAAGCUAUUACCGACGAUGCUAUCACCAUAAAUCACACCGACCUGCUGGCGAAGUAUGCAUCCGGCGACAGCACCGAGAUAUUAACUCUGCCCCGGGGACAGGAGAUCCACGGAAUCAUCGUUGCUGGAGGCAGUGGAGGAACCAGUCUGAUCUCCGCCGUAAUGAGGACGGUUGCACCUAUUGGCCUGCCUAAACUGGUCGUCAGCACAGUCGCGUCCGGGGAUACAGGCCCGAUGGUGGGCGAAUGCGAUAUCACCCUAAUAUACUCGGUCGUGGACAUUGCGGGCACCAAUCGGCUCCUCCACGAACUGCUGGGGAAUGCAGCUGGCGCCAUGUUCGGCAUGGCAUCGACGUAUCAGCAUAGGCUGGGUGAAAGCCGGACCCUGAAUGUGCAGGAUAACCAGCAAGAAGAGAAGGAGACUCGAGUCGGUAUUACCAUGUUCGGCGUGACCACCCCGUGUGUGGAUCAUGUGAGAUGUCACUUGGAAGACAACUAUUCUGCAGAGGUCUACGUGUUUCAUGCGACUGGUCAUGGGGAAAAGGCCAUGGAACAAUUGGUCAAGGAAGGCCGUCUAGACGCCAUCUUGGAUAUCACAACGACUGAAAUCUGCGAUCUCAUUGCGGGCGGGACUAUGAGCUGCGAAACCAGCCGCCUGGAGAUGACACUUAAGCGCGGAAUACCUAAUAUCAUUUCCGUUGGAGCCACGGAUAUGGUCAACUUUGGUCCGGUCGACACGGUGCCAUGCCAAUACCGUGACCGCAAUAUGUUCGUCCAUAACCCAAGUGUGACUCUGAUGCGAAGCUCUGCGGCCGAAUGUCGGGAAGUUGGGGAUUUCAUCCUCGACAAACUAGACCGGUUUGCCCAGGGCCCAGGUAUGGUUGAGGUGUGGCUCCCUGGGGGAGGAGUGAGUAACAUUGGGACAUUCGGGUCGGCAUUUGCAGAUGCGGACGCCGAUGCCACCCUUGCUGAUACUCUACGCUCGGGACUCAAGGAUAGCAAAAUCCGAGUGGUAUCGGAUGAGCGAGAUAUAAUGAUGACGGAUUUACACUUGACAUUGCGGAUCGGCUUAUGGCUCUCGUAG